UUGGGGUUGCGUAGUGACCUUCCUUCUGACAGAAGCCCGUUUCGCGAACCACCUUGCCGUUUCAAUUCGUGCGCGCUGAGCCAAGCAGGGAGAUUCCCCGUGAGCGAUCCCGAUGGGGCGGCAGAAGGGCGGCGAUGCGGCGCGAUCCAAGAGCCGACCCGCCAGCAGCAGCCUCGCGGCAUCCCUGCUUGCAACGGGCGCUGCAGGCGCUACAGGGGGGGCGGGGAGCGCCCCGCGGAUGGACGUGGACGGCGAGGCAGCGGCGCACCUGAGGCGGCUGGCGAAGAAGGACGCCACCACCAAGCUGAAGGCUCUGGAGGCGCUUCAAGGGGUGCUGGGCAGCAGCAGUGCCGCCCAGAUGCAAGCCAUGCUGCCCGCAUGGGCAUUUGAGUACCGCCGCCUCGUGGUGGACGGCAGCAGGGCCGUGCGCCUCGCCACGCAUGCCACCAUGGCGCUGCUCGUCAAAGGCGUGGGCAAGGGCCUGGCGCCGCACCUGAGGCAGCUGAUGGGGCCGUGGUGGGUGGCGCAGUUCGACUCCACCCGGGAUGUGGCUGCCGCCGCCACACUCUCCUUCCAGGCGGCCUUCCCCACCCCGUCACGGCGCAUGGAGGCGCUGGCGUUCGCAUGGGAGGCGGUGCUGGCCGCCCUGGCGGAGCUGCUGGGCGCCACCCCGCAGUCGCUGGCUGCUGCCGAUCGCAGCCUCAGCGUGGAGGAGGCCAAGCACCGCCUGGACGAGCUCCUGUGCGCGGCGCUGCUGGCGCUGAGGGCGUUUCUUCAGACCAUGCUGCCGCCGCCGCCACACGGAGGGUCUGCUGCCGGCAGCGCGGCAGCAGGGGGGACAGCAGCAGCAGCCCCAGCGAGCCUGCCCCCCUCUGUGCUGGCAGCCCAGCCACGCAUUGCCACCGCUCUCCUCUCGUCCCUGCGCGCCCUCUCCUUCCUCCGCGCCCUCGCCAAACACCCCUCCCCACGGGUGCGCACCGCCGCCUACCACGCGCUGCCAGCUGUCCUCCUCUCAUUGGGCCCCCGGGGAUCAGAAUCUGGCUGGCAGGAGCAGCAGGGAGAGAGAGAAAGCACAGCCAUGGGGGAGAGGGAGUCAGCGUGCCACGGGGCGAUGUGGGAGCUCGUGCUCGUCGCCUCGCGCACCUGCCCCUCCCUCUGGUCCAACCCGCCCUUCCUCAAAGCUGCACUGCCGAAGCUCUGGACUUUCCUCCGAGCCGGCUGCUUUGGCUCGGCAGCACAGUCAUACCCGUGCCUGCUGCCGCUGCUCUCUGUGUUUUUCCGAGCCAGGCUGCACCAAUCACAGGACGUCCUGCUGCCCUUCUUCACUAGUCUGUGGCAGGGACGGCUUGUCCACAUGGCGAGACCUGAUUGGGUGGCGCUGCUGACGUGUGUGAGGGAGUGCUUGGUGCUGAGUAAGGAGGGUGGGGGAGAAGGGAAGGCGAUAUCUGCUGCAGAAUUAACUAGGGCGGUGUUGUGGGAUUUGUGCUUCCAGGACCUUCUUCCCGAGCCUAGACACACAGGCUCGGACUCAGGCUCGGAGCCGCACGGCCCAGAAAAGAGUGCAGGCAGCGGUGGGAAGGGCAGAGGAGAUAGGGGCCGGCAGCAUGCAGGAGAGCGGAAGGUAGGGGGUGCAUGGUUGGCAGCGGUGGUGGCGUGUGUAGGUGAGACUGUGAGGCAGAUAGUUGGGUUGGAGAGGGGGAAGGGUAGGAGAGAGGGGAGAGGUGAGGAGACGGAAGGGUUAGGAACAGGUGAGGAGCAGUGGAGGUCGGUUCUAAGUGGCUUGUGGUCGUGUGUGGUGGACGAGGUGGCUGCUGCUGUUGACGCGCGCGCUGCUGCUGCUCAUCCUCAUGCACAUGCAGAUGGGGAUGGGGAUGCUGCGAGGAAGGGAAGCAUGGGGGAGUGUGAAGUGGCGUUGCUAAGGCGUGCACUGGCAGAGAGCUGUGCUCGUGAUGCGGGGUCAAGCAAAACCAAGAGCAUCAGCACAGGAGGUGUGGGGAGGAGGGAUGGCGAGAUGACAGUAAUGGGUGAAGGCAGCACAGUGCGUGCCGUGCUGGCGUUGCUGCAGCAGCUCAAGCAGACAGCAGCAGAACCAACUGCAGCCAGGAGAGGAGGAGGACGAGACGAGGGGGGCAGCAGCGAGCGUGGCGAGUGGGUGGUGCCAGUAGCAGUGCUCCCCCUCAUGCACCGCCUGCUGCCACUGGCGCUGGUUCUCCCCCUCCCCUCCUCUCCCCUCCCCUCCACUUCUGCCCGCACGGAAGCAGCAGCAGCCGUGGCAGCAGCGCUGGUGGACAUGUUUGGCGCAGCGGCCAUCCCAUGCCAGCUGGCAGCUGAUGAUUUGCCUGAAAACGCGGGUGCCAUGUCAAGCCAAGAGCCUUGUGUUGGCACGGACACUGGUGGCAGGUACACGACCCCGCUGCAGCUCAUGGACUCACUGCUGCCGGGCAAGGAGGGUGGGGCAGGAGCGGGUAUGAGUGCCUUUGUGAAUGGGAGAGCGGCAGCGGCGGUGUUUGUGCUGCAGGUGAAGCUGCUCUCCCACCUCGCCAUGCUCCCACCGCCACAAAUCAGCAGCAGCAGCGUCAGCAGCACAGGUGGCGACUUGUGUCUGUCGCCCAUAGUGCACCAGCUGAGCUCCGCUGCUCUCCAACAGGCACGGCAGGGAGAGGCGCAGGUUGACGAGGCAGCUGGGGAUGCAGGCGCACGGCCCAACAUGCCUGCCUGCCUGCUGGCCGGCCUGCUCUCCUCGCUCUCCUCCGCCCCAUCCACCACCCCCGCUCUCACACCGUCCGCCCAUCCCUCCGCCACCGCCCCCUCCUCUCACCUCACCUCCACGGCUCGCUCCGCCCUUGACCACUUGGCUCUGCACGUGGCUGCUACGAGGCCACUGUUGCUCCUCCCUUCCUCCCAGUGGCUGCUCCGAACGCUCCUCUCCCUGCCUCCUGCUGCCUCCGCCUCCCCCUCACUCCUCUCCCCACCCUCCUGGCUGUCGCCCUCCUGUCUCCCCUCGCUCUACGCCUCCCUGCACUCGCACCUCCUCUCCUCCCUCCUCGCCCUCUCCUCCUCCCCCUCCUUCCACACUUUCAGCCACAUGCUGCAGCCACUGCUGCCGCUGCUGAGGCGAGAAGAGGGCAGGGAGAGGGAGCAGGUGGAGGCAGCAUCACCAGAAACAGAAGACUCAGGAGGAGGUUGUGAGGGAGAUGCCACGUCAUCACAGGCUGAGCUGGCAGCAUGCCUGGACGUCCUGGAGCCCUUGUGGCUCUCCACCCAUGCCUCUGCCAGCAGUGCAGGCUCUGCUGAGCUGUCACGUGGUGAUUGGCUGGUGGUGGCUGCUGCAUGCUCUUCUUAUCUUGUAAGCUGGUGCGUGGGAGGGGGGGAGCAAGGCAGGGAAGAGCAGGAGGGGAGCGAAGAGGGAAGUGAAGAGGAGGAGGCGGAAGCGAAGGAGGAGGAGGAAGAGGGAGAGGGAGAGGAGGGGUUGGAGUUGGAGGAGGAGGAAGAGGAGGGAGGAGUGGGCGCGUCCAUGGAGGGGUGCAUGGUGAGGGUUCUGGGAGGGGGCGGAGCAGCAGCAGCAGCAGGAGGAGGGGAAGCAGCAGGUGCAGCGGCAAGGGAUGCGGGGGCUGGUGGAGCAGUGGCUGAGGGAGGAACUCAACUGGCAGUGCACCAAUCCGGGGGUGCUGACGUGGCAGGGCCUGUGGCAGUAAUGGUGUUACCGGCUCUGCGUGCUGCAGCCACACGUUGGAGCUCGCUCGUCUCCCCCCGUCCCUCCACCGAUCACCCUACUCAUGCACCAUUGGUGGCCCUCACUGCACGCCUGCUCACUCGCUCCCUCGCUUUCGCUGCUGCAUCUCCUCUCUCCCACUGCCACCCGCACCUCUGUGCACGCUGGGUGGCAGAUCUUGUCCGUUUCUACCAGUUGCAAGGCGGGAAGGAGGCGGCGGAGAGGCGUGUGAUUGGCUGGUUGCUGGCAGACCUUGAGGUGGUGUGCGUGGAGCAGAAGGCAUGGCCUCGAUUUGUGUGUUGUGUCACAAAAUCUCGGGACAGCGACACGGGGAAUAGCCACAUUGACAGCUUCAUGAAUGCUCUGCUGUUCCCCCUCGCUCAUCAGCAACCAGACAGGUCAGCCUCGCACCCUCUUCCUGCUCAUCCCUCUCCCUCACCCUCCACUUCUCCCCCACACCUCCCCUCCUCCCGUAUCCUUCACCUCCUCUCUCAUCUCACUCACCGCCUCAGCGCUGCCUCCAUCUUCUUCUGCGCGGCGGGCGGCGGGCGGGCGGCACUGGCAGUUGAGAUGAUGUGCGCGUGGCAGGAGGAGCAUUCGCACCGCCACCACCGUCACUCUACUGGCAUGCAACAUGGCAGCCUCUCAUUGGGCGGUGCCGAGGGUGCUUUGGUGGGGAUUGGGCCGGCGGUGGUGGUGGAGGUGCUGGUGCGCGCUUCAAGGCGGGUGGGGGAGCAGGGGGAGCAGGGGGAGAGGGAAGUUGAGGAAGAGGAGAGGGUUGGGGGAGGGGAAGCAGAGGGGGCAGAGGACACAGGAGGGGCGGUGGGCAGCAGGGAGGGAAGGUUUGUGACUGAGGUGCUUGGGCUCCUGGUGGGAUUCGCGGCACAGGAGAGGGACCUGGCCCGUGGCAGCAGUGCCGCCACUACUGCCACUGCCACGAGAGCAUCGCUGGUUCUGACGGCACUCUGCGGGCUUCUCAGAAAAUGCCUCGCAGCAGGGGUGUGGGCCCCACGUCAGGCGUGGCAGGUGGUGCAGCAGCAGCUGGCAGCAGUGAGGGCGGAGAGGGAGGGCAGCGGCAGCUCCGCACGUGGGGAUGGUGUGAACGCCAGUGGGCAGGUGCGAGUGGUGGCAGAGGUGGCGGGCAUACUGAUGCCUGCAGUGCGCUGGGGCGGGCAGGCAGGCGGGGGCCACGAGGCAGGGGGAGGUGCAGCAGAGGGCGGGGGGGGCGGAAGCAGAGGGGCGCUGCAGCAGCAGGUGGAGGAGGAGGUGGUGUGGUGGGUGCAACAAGCCAAUGAGGCGCUGCCACUUGUCGCGUGUGUGGAACAGCAGAGUGUGGAAGCUAGAGACUCUCUUGACCUGCACGCCCUUGCCGUGGCGCUCUUCCCCAUCCCACCAUCGUCCAACUCCUCCACUUCUCUCGAGGCCCAGUCGCCCUCCGCCUCUCCCCUCACCUGCAGCCCCUCCCAGCGCGCUGCCCUGCUCGCGCUGCUGCGCCUGCAGUCGUCCCGCCACGCCACGGCUGCCAUUGCUGCCGCAGCCGCCUCCGCGCGCCUCUCCGCUGCUGCUCGGGCGAGCAGCGUGGGUCCCAUGGCAGCAGCUGCAGCGCCCGGCAGGGCGAGCAGUGCAGGGGGUGCAUGUGCGGACGUGGGGGAGGUGAACGAGCUGGAUGAGCUAGAUGAGUUGGAUGAGUUGGAUGAGGUGGACGAGGGUGGGGGAAGCGGUGAUGGCGGUGGUGGCGCCAUUGGAGUUGACGACCUUGAUGAGCUAGAUGAGCUUGAUGAAGAGGAGGGAGGAGCUGGGAGGGGUGGGAGGGUGGAGCAAGCGCAGAGCAGCGCUGCUGUUGCAGCUACUGACUCAUUGCAACAGCAGCCGGGGGCAGAGGCGGUGCAGGAGGGUGGGCAGGAGAGCCGGGAGAGGUGGGUGGCGCAGGUGGAUCGCUGCCUGCUCGCGCUCGCCAGCUCAGCAGUGGCGUACAGCUGGCAGGAGAUGUCAGAAGCUGACGUGGCAUUCGUGGGUGGCAGGCUGCGGCGGGCUCUUGCAGCGGCAGCCAUGGCGUUUGAGGAGGUGGUGGAGGGGAUGGGAGAGCACGAGGCAGAGGGGGAGAGCGGAGUCGCAGACGGGGGAGCAGGUGACGACAAGGAGAGGGUGAGUGGCAUGGCGGGUCGACUGGGUGGCAUGUCGCUGGAAGUGGCUGCUGCUGCUCUCGCCCUGCUCUCCAUGCUGCUCGCCCUCCACUCCCACGCCACCGCCACAACUGCCGCAUCCACUGGCAGCAGUAUAUUCCCCCUGUGGUCGUCAACCUCUGCAUCCUUGCCGUCCCUGUGGGCGUGUGAGGCAUGUGCGUUGGUGAUAAGGCAGGGGUCGGAGCAUGCCCUGCGCAUGUUCAUUGCCACGGGCCUGGCAGAGGCAGCACAGCCUCACAUGCCACACCCCUCAGCAGUAUCCACCACCACCACCACCACCGCCACCACCGCUGCCACCACCGCCACCACCACCGCUGUCAGCAUCGCUCAGAGCCAGCCUAUGACAGCGUGGCGCCUGCAGCAUCCACUCUUCUUCCGCCAGCUGUCGCACGCAGUGCUUGCUGCCACGCCCCGGGCUGUGGAAGCAGCGGUGCGGGCAGCAGAGGUCUGGGGGGCGGGGCGAGGGCCAAUCGCAGGGCUGUACGCCCUUGUGUGUGGCCCAUCGCCAGGUGGCAGUGUGCGAUUGGCUGCAUUCUGGUGUCUGUCCAGGGAGCAGGUAUUGCCUGCUGCUGUGGGAGCGGGGGUGGUGAAGGGCGGAGGGGACGGGGAGAAGCAUGCGGAGGCAGCUGCUGAUGGUGUCAGAUCCGAGCUGGCACAGAUUCUGCAGCCAGCCAAUCGGAAGGAGCUGCUGACAUCAGCUCUGACGUCACCACUGCGAGUACGUUUCUUCCUGGCAGCAUGUCUUGUGCUGCACCGCAUCCACACCCUCCCCGCCUCGCCCUCCCCUCCCUCCACCUCAGCCCCCUCUGCCUCGUCGCCCUCCUCUCCUCUGGACCGCCUGCGCGCCUUUAUGCAGGCCACUCCCACGCUCACUCUGCUCCUCGACCUGCUCUCCCAGAACCUCCUCCUCGCCCCCUCCCCCUCACCCUCCUCCGCCUCUGCCCGUCGCCUCAUUCAUCUCAACCCCUCGGGGCCCCUCCCCCCUGCCGUCGCUCAAGCUGGUGAUUCCGCCACGCGGGCCGUUGCCCAGGCGUCCCCUCUGGACGUGGCUCUGGAGAUUUUAACCCUGCCCGGGGCAGCCAAACUGUCUGUGCCUCGCAUGCGCAGCCUGGCAGCAGCAGUGUUUGGGGCGGCCCUGCGGGUGCUGCCAGGAGGUGUGCGGCGGUGGUUUGCGGAUGUGAGGGAGAAGGGCGUGCGGCGGGGCAUGGAGAUCUUCACGGCCAGAUACUGCAGCGCCCACAUGAUCGCUCUCGAACUCGCACAGGCACAGAAGGCAGGGAGCAGCAAGGAGGAUCUCACGGUGCGCACGCGGCGCGCUGCGCGGGAGGUGUGUGCGGCGUACUGCAAGGAUGAGGCCAAGCUGGAGCUCGUCAUCAAGCUGCCCGACAGCUACCCUCUGCGAGGGGCAACUGUCGAAAGCUCCAAAGGGGCAGGCGUGAAAGAAGCUGAGAUGCGCAAGUGGCUGCUGGCUGCCAACUCGUUCUUGCUGGUGGGAGGGGGGUCAGUGGCAGACGCGGUGCUGCAGUGGUGUGAGUGUGCUGAAAAGAAGUUUGAAGGGGUGGAGGAGUGCCCCAUCUGCUACAGUGUGAUCCACUCGUCCAAUGGCAGCCUGCCACGUCUGCAGUGCCGCACGUGCAAGCACAAGUUUCAUCCGGAGUGCCUGUACCAGUGGUUCCAAUCCUCCCACAAGUCCACCUGCCCGCUUUGCCAGACAUCCUUCUAGAGGAGGAGCCCCCGUGUGCAUGACUUGGCUGGGAGUCAGUCGCUUUGAAGCGAGCUUUGCCUGCUCCUUCGACAGGUUGCUCAGCCAUUCCGAAGCACACUAUUUAGUAAAUUCUCCGGGCAAAUGACGUAGGCUUUAGGAAUGUCAUACGGUAUUCGUCUAUGGGUUACACAGAGGA